AUGACAAAUGCAUACCCCACACUCACAUUUCACUGGAUGGACAUAGAGGUUCUGAUUCGACCCAAGUACGCCGUUUACGUCUUCCCGGAGGCCACUACUCCAGAACGGAAGAAUAUCAGUCGAGAAAGCGAGGCCUUCGGCUGGUCUGGGUUUUACAAACUGGCCACAGUGCAGGACUCGGACCACCAAUCACCCCCAGGAUGGGCAGGAAGAGCGCGCCAGAAGAGGCGUAGAGUGGAUGACCAUCCUAGUGUCCAAAAGCCUGGAUUCGAUCCUUACAAUGGCGUACGGCACUGGGACAAUUUCCAUCCUUCAUGGAUUGUUUGCCAUCUGGCUCUUGUGACGGCUACCCCGCAUUUAGUAUGUAUGACAUUGAGGCUGGCUUUCUCUGUCUACCUUAGCCCUACUAGACAGAAGUACGGGCGGCUGUGUAGCAAGAGUAUAUAA